AUGGAGGACGAACAACAAAUCCCAGCUGCUGCCGCGCCUAGAAAAGUUAACCACCCUCGCACCUCUCGACCCAAGCCCGCGGCUCCUGGUAAUGAGGAAGCUUCCGCAGUUCUGAACCUUGGCGAGUUUCAAGAUGUCGACACCUUGACGCUCUCCGAAGCUGCGCUGGUUCUAAAUGCCCUUCACGCGAAACGAAAGAAUGAUCGUAGGAACGUCAACAACACCGAGAUGCUAAACUCGACAUUGACCUACCUCGAUAACUUUGCGCGAUUCACUCAGAAGGAGAACGUAGAAGCUGUGGAACGCCUUCUUAGCGCACAUAAGAACCUCGCCAAAUUUGAGCGUGCACAGCUGGGUUCUCUGUGCUGUGAGGGAGCCGAUGAGGCCAAGACACUCAUCCCUUCACUGGCCGACAAGAUUUCUGAUCAGGACCUUCAGGAUCUCCUUGAUGAGAUCUCCAAGCUACAGAAUCGGUGA